AUGGUCACCCUCGAUGUGUCAGUUCCCAGCCCUAGGAGCCUGGAGAAGGCCAAGCUGUUCUUUGGGGAGGAUGCGGUGUCGGGGCACGACAAGGACGAAGAGAACUACAGGAAGGACACCAUCCAGGACCUGGUGCGGGCUCGCUCCGGCUGGCUGCUGCUGUUCUUUGUGGGCCUCAUGCUGGCCGCGGUGGUGGUGGAGGCGUUUGAGGCGGUGCUGCGGGAGCACGUCGAGCUCUCCUACUUUGUGCCGCUGCUCAUCGGCCACGGCGGCAACACCGGCAGCCAGAGCAACGCCACAGUGAUCCGGGCGCUGGCGCUGGGGCACCUGCGGCCCAGCGACUGGAUGAUGGUGGUGUGGAAGGAGUGCGCUGCAGGGACGGUGAUGGGCGGCGGCCUGGGUGUCGUCAUCAUGGCGUUUUGUUACCUCUGGAGCGGCAUCUCCACCCAAGUGGGGGUCACCGUGGCCAUCUCGCUGCCGGUCGUCAGCCUGUGGGCCAACCUGCUGGGCGGCGUGUUCCCGCUGCUGUCGUCCCACCUGGGGUUCAACCCUGCCGUCACCUCUGCGCCGCUGAUGACCACCGUGGUCGACUCCACGGGCCUCAUCCUGUACUUUGGCAUCGCCAAGGCGGUCAUGGGAAUCUGA